AAAGAAUAAACAACAUGAGGUCUCUACUCCUGCUUGCGUUGCUGCUGUGCACGUUGAGUGUAGCGCAUGUUCAGACACAGGACAACACAAACACACUGAGGCUGUGUGGCCGGGCGUUAAUGCGGGCUGUGGUGUACACCUGCGGAGGAUCCAGGUGGAGAAGAGUGAUGGGGGAAGAGGAGACUUUGCAAGAUGGUCACAGAGAGCCAGAACUGAAGAGGACAGACAUUGACCGUCAGUGGAGGGACCUAAACCAGGCGUUAAUAACAGUGUGCUGCCAAGUAGGCUGUCGAAAGAGUGACCUAUCCAUGCUCUGCUAGGGGAGAACAUCCCCCAAAUCAUCCAUGAAUUUAAAUACAAUGUUCAGAACAUAAUGUAAUUUCACUCUCAAUGCUGCCAAUAAUAAAAAACAACAUGAU